CAAAAACAACUGGGAACAGCAUCAUAAUCAAUUUAAUUACACUCGCACCCAUAAGCUUCGGUGCCGUGCAUUUCCUUAUUCUCUCUCGCGUGCUGCCCUUUCCGGAUUCGCCAAAGGAGCGACAGUCGGCGAAGACUGUGUCUUAAUCACCGCUCGGUUGCCGAGCUUUCCGUCGUUCAAAAGCCACGAGGGCCCGGACCAGUUCAGUUCAGUUACGAUCGAGACACGUUAAUGAACGGUGCAGAUUUUCUGUACUAACAGAAACCACGUUCAAUCCACGUCCCGUCUUCGAAAAACAAAAAUAAGAUCAGAUAAACUUCGUCCAUUGGUGUUCAAGUGUAACGUAAAAAAGUAAUAAUUUAAAAAAACAAUUAUUGAUGAAGCUUGUUGCAAUUUAAAAGCAACCAUAAUUCGCCGGAGUCCCAAAAGGUUGGGAAUAAUAAUUUUGUGUCCUUUUGACUGCCGAUAGUGGUUUAUUUGUGAAACGAUGCGUUUUGUUUGAUACGAGCCACUGCUAACCGAUGACGAUUGAGUAAUCGUUUUCCAACAAGAGAGAACAUUUUCAAAGUCAAAACAAAGGAAGAGGUUCAGUUUUCUUGUGGAACAGUGGAAAGAUUCUAUUGCCCACUAAUCACCUAAGCUUGGGAAUAACUCGUCGAAAACUAAAACAGUAACAAUGAGCAAAUUUGGCCAUGUUCAACAUGAUGCGGUAUCCAAUGGAGGGCACCGGCAUACAAACGGUCGUCAUCAAAACGGCCUUUCGGUCGGUGCCCGGAACGGAGAUGCGCCGAACAGCUACCUGAAUGGCGGAACUAGCGUUGCCAGUCCGUUCAACAUGCCACGCACCGAGCACGUAGGGUACACUUACGAUAUACUGAAAGAGAUCGCCAACUACUUGUUGGCGCGCACGGAUCUACGUCCGAAGGUGGGCAUCAUCUGUGGUUCGGGACUGGGGUCACUCGCUGAUCAGUUGACGGACGCGGAUAGCUUCGACUACGAGACCAUUCCGCACUUCCCAGUUUCGACAGUUGCCGGUCAUGUUGGGCGGCUCGUGUUCGGCUAUUUGUCUGGAGUGCCGGUGGUGUGCAUGCAGGGACGUUUCCACCACUACGAAGGGUACCCACUAGCAAAGUGCUCGAUGCCGGUGCGAGUAAUGCACCUAAUCGGCUGUACGCAUCUGAUCGCGACCAACGCAGCCGGCGGUGCCAAUCCCGGUUACCGCGUUGGUGACAUUAUGUUGAUGCGUGAUCACAUUAACUUUAUGGGUUUCGCCGGCAACAACCCACUACAGGGUCCAAAUGACGAACGGUUUGGUCCCCGUUUCUUCGGCAUGGGUAAGGCGUAUGAACCGCGGCUGAUACAGAAAGCAAAGGAAAUUGCCCGGCAGAUCGGUAUCGAGAAUGAGUUACGUGAGGGUGUUUACACGUGUCUCGGGGGCCCAAAUUUUGAAACCGUCGCCGAAGUGAAUAUGCUGCGAAUGCUCGGCGUGGAUGCGAUCGGUAUGUCGACGGUGCACGAAAUUAUUACAGCUCGCCACUGCGGCAUGACGUGUUUCGCCUUCAGCCUGAUUACCAACAUGUGCACCAUGAGCUACGACGAAGACGAGGAGCACUGCCACGAUAGUAUCGUCGGCGUUGGCAAGAACCGCGAAACGACGCUCGGGGAGUUUGUAGGCCGAAUGGUAAAGCACAUUCACUAUGAAAUGAAAAAGUAAAGGCGAGAUCGGGGAAACGGUUUUGUCCAAACAAAACAAACCAGCAAGAAAAACAAAGAAAAACAUUAGUUCUAGCCUUUAGAGUCUCUGGGUGGUCGGUAGGCUAUGGUAAUGAAGGUGGCGAGUAGUGUAAGUAACCUAGGUAGAGUGUAAUAAUUAUGGAUUUGUUUGAUAUGCUGUGUAAUUUAAUUGUAAUAAAUAUGUCCCAAUCGUUGUUA